GUACCAAAGAAGUAGUAUAUUGCUUUGAGAAAAAUCGAAAGAGAAUAAAGUGUUAAGCUGUAACUCAUGUCAUAAAUUGUCUUGAAUCAUAAUCAUUUUGGGAUAAGUCAAUUAUGAAACAUUUCUUUGAGCAAUUCGAAAUAUCCCAAAGCAUAUAGAGAACGGUUUAAACGCAUGAUCAUAGCUGUCAGGCCUUGUCAGACCAAACGACUCGCUCGACGUGCUGCAGUAUUACUGGUACCGAUAAUGUACAGCAUCUCUGCGCAACACAAUCAACACAAUCGCAUUGGCCGCGGCGCUGUGCACGUAGAAUUAUUCGCCGCCUUGACGACGUGUACUUUAUAUAGUGCUGUAUUAUACGAUUGUACUGGCAAAGAAGACAUCAUAUUUGGUCGGUGAGCUUUGCUAAAUUCAGCGUAGCGAUGCUUUUAAAUCAAUAUUAAAGUAAAUUAAGC